AUGAAGUGGUUGAUUUUGAGCAGUUUUCUAGUAUGUUGGGCGAGGUUCGGAGUUAGAUGCGAAGAGACAGCGCUGUCGGAAGCACAAGUCAAACGACCUAUAGAGGUAAAAUGCUUAGCCGGCACAGAAUGGGAAAGCAAUUGCCACCAAUGUCGGUGCCUUCCUUUUGGAAUUGCACUGUGUCACAAGCUGGAACCCUGUGAUACAAGUCCCUCCGCGGAACCAAUAACGUGCAAGCCCAACACAGUGUUCCACCGGGAUUGCAAUAGUUGCUUGUGUCUCGCCAAUGGAGACGUUAAAUGUUCCACUAACACAUGUCAGCGGUCUGACAUUCCAAAGAAAUCCGAUUUGCUACCGGGUAAGGAGUGUUCCCCCGGGUCGAAAUGGACCAGUCAAUGCAACGAGUGCACCUGUAGCUCCGAAGGUUAUCCCACGUGCACCGAAAUGAAAUGUUCCGGUCAGGAAACUGAGACAGUGUUCAGCUGCGCUCCGGAAUCAGUGUGGAAGAACGACUGCAAUACGUGUUGGUGUACCGACGGUCGUGCUGUGUGUACAAAAAUUGGAUGCAGUGUUAUACCUGCUCUAGAUUUCAAUGUUGACUCAAAGGACUACGAGGAAAUUGUCGAACCAGCACCGAAUACGUCGCUUACACGGAAGACACGAGCGUCGCCGCAGGAGCCGCCUAAAGCCUGCCAGCCGGGUCAGGAGUUCCGCAUGGACUGCAAUAAAUGCCUCUGCGAUAACGAGGGUCAGGACUUCUCCUGCACGCGAAUCGAUUGCAACGCGCUCAACAAUAACAACAAUGGUGGAGCCAGGAGGAAAAGAGACACCACCGUGGAGGUGGCCGCUAACUGCACAGCGGGCAGCGUGUUCCAAAAGGAGUGCAACGUGUGUCGAUGCGGCGCGGACGGUCUGCGUGCCACCUGCACCGCGCACGACUGCGACCAAGUCAAAGUGGAGCAGGGCGUCGAUGCGUCCGAUGCAGACCCUAAUUUCCGUUGUAACCCCGGGGAACAGUUCAAACGCGAGUGCAACGACUGUACUUGCUCCGCCGACGGCAAGAGCGUGUUCUGUACACUACGCCUCUGUUCUAUAUACCAGCCCUGA